CGCAAUUUUUCAUUUUGCUGUGAAAAAAGGGAAAUUCACUUUUGAGUCACACACAAUUUCGACUCGAUUAGCAACUUCAAUUGCAUGGCCAGUGCGGACGAGAUUAUAGUCAAUGGGCAGGUUAUAACGCUGCCCACAUUGGAGGUGGUCAAAGCAGUUCCCAUCAUGGCGGCUGGCACUAACAUCGAUUGGUUGGUCCAUCUCUACUAUGCGCGACGUGAUUUUAUACGUUGCCGCUUCAUAAUCGAUCGAGAGCUUUAUAGAAGUUUGAAUCCAGAGUAUUUGUAUUAUGUCAAGGGUUUAAUUGACCGUGAAGAGGGCAACAGCAUUGAGGCGCUACGUAAUCUACAAAAAGCACUCGACUUAAAUUCAAAAAAUAUUGAAACUUACAAGGAGAUUGGCAAAACACUCUUUAUUAUGGGCCGUUUCAAUCAGGCGUUAAGCAUCUUUCGUGAAGCUGAAGAGCUCUCCCCACGGCAGGAUCAUGAAAUUUGCCAUUUCAUUGGCGAAUUGUUGCAUCGUUCAGCGGCUGCUUGCAAUCAAUUUGCGCUCGCACGUCAAGAAGAGGCCGAGGCGAAAGUUUACUUUGAAAGGGCAGUGCAAUCUGGCAAAAAAUUGGAAAGCUUUCAGCGACUUGGUGAAAUUCUGCGUAAGGAGAAGGAUUACAGCAAGGCAAUUGAGGUGCUCGAGAACUGUUUGCUUUUAUCACCAGAAAAUAUUGAAGUUCUCACAGAAAUUGGUGUGCUAUAUUUGAAAAUCAACGAAACACAGAAGGCCUUUGAUCGAUUGUCAGAAGUCAUAAACUUGGAUAGGAAGUGCUCGAAAGGAUUAUUGGCUUAUGGUGCCAUAUUGCAGUCGCGCAAUGACAUCGAUGGAGCUUUGGGUAAAUAUCAAGAAAUCGCUGCGACAGAACCGGACAUCCCAGAAUUGUGGAAUAAUAUUGGAUUGUGUUUCUUCAAAAAGAAGCAACAAAAAAUUAUUGCGGCAAUUUCUUCUCUACGUAAAUCCAUCUGGCUUUCUCCGCUGAAUUAUAAUGCUCUCUACAAUUUGAGUUUGAUUUAUAUAACUGCGCAACAAUACGCCAGUGCCUUUCAUACGCUUGCAGCAGCCAUCAACUUGCGUAAGGACAGCGCCGAAUGCUAUAUGCUGCUCGGAAUUUGCUUGCGUAAGUUAGAGGAUGGCGAUAAUGCGUUUAAGGCAUUUCAGCGCUCUAAUGAAAUUCAACUGCAACAACAAAAGAAUGCCGGACGUAAUCCACUUGUGCACUUAAACUAUGCCCUCUUCUGCUAUGAGAGCGGUCGUAUUGCGCUGGCGACAGAGCAAUUUACACGUUUUGUUAGCUCGUCAAAGGAUCUUCUGUUACCGACGGAAUAUAAAUUCCAAGCGACCAAAUUGAAAUCGCUUCUGAAAAUUUCAACAAGUAAUAUGGUGACAUCAACACCACCAAAUGGUGAUGCUGCAAGUGACGUCAAUUGGCAACCAACUGAGGGAGGAAACAACGGCCACAGCAACGUCCAGAGCGAAAGCAGCAUUGACGAUAUCUAUGGCAUUUAUGGUGUGAAACGUCAAGCAGCAGGGGACCGAAAAGUACUAAGCGAUACAAAAGAAAAAGCAUUGGUCACAGCUGCUGCCGCUGCUGCCGCUGCUGCCCUAACAAAUAAUGCAUCAACCGCUGCAACCAUUCCCACAGAAAUGCCGCUUGAGGUGAACGCUGUGGUCAAUGCCUGACGAUAUGAGUGACAUGCUGGCAGCGAACUUUUGCCCCAAUUGGCUGAAACUACUAUAGAAAAUCCUAGCAGAAGCACUACUUGUAGAAACAAUAACAACAACA